AUGCCGCCGCAGCCAGACGAUCAAACAAACGAGACAGAAGAGGGAUGCAAAUGGGAAAAACCGAUGCAAGAGCUCGAGGAAGAAGACAAUAAUAUGCUGAUACAUGUGGAAUGGGAUCAGUUGAGAAAAGAAUUCUCAGAGUAUCUUGAAAAUGAGAUACCUACCAUCGAAGCAAUUGUUACUCAACAUCUGAACUUGAGAUCACAUCAGAUGUGCAGAGUUGCAGAAAGAUCCCAGUGGCUGGACAAAGGGACGUUUAACCUCUGUGUCCCUGUCUUCAUUAGCAACUGGCGUGCGCAACGGGUCCUGAUUAGGUGCCCUUUCCCCCACCGCCUGGGUGGUCUACACACGACUGCACUGAUGGACGAAAAGCUCCGUUGUGAAGCAGCUUCAUUUGCUCACCUAUCUCGGAAUCACCCUCGUGUUCCUAUUCCACAUCUAUGGGGAUUUGGGCUCCCAGGCGGCCUACAUUUCUCAGCUCUGGAGCACGCGCCCUGGUACCAGCGAGCGUUAACAUCUCUGAAAUAUUACUGGUCAUGGAUCUUUCGAAAACCAUAUUUCCGGCCAUUCAUUCCGUGUCAAAGUCAUUUCUCAUUGAAGAGCGGCUAUCUGUUGAUGGAGUUCUUCGAGGAAGAGCGAGGGCGAAUGCUCUCUGCGGUAGAGCGUCCCACCGCAGAAGAUCGGAGAACACUUUUCCGAAGUUUGCGAGACAUACUUCUCGACCUGUCGCGCCCGCUAUCUAGGAUCGGCUCCUUUACCGUUCACGAGUCUGGAGAAGUGAGUCUCAGCAACCGACCAUUGACAAUGGGGUUAGCUGUACUUGAAAAUGAAGGUAUCCAGACGCAAAUCCCCCGAGACUACUGCUAUUCCUCUACCGACUCGUACCUUCUUGAUCUCCUAAACUGCCACAAUCAGCGGUUAAUAUAUCAACCAAAUGCGGCCCGCAGUAAACUCGACUUGGAAGGUCAGAUGGCUACUAUCGUCGCUCUACAGGCACUAUACCCGAGAUUUAGGAAUAUGCCAUUACAGCGAAACCCGCCUGUCUUUCAAUUCACGGAUUUGCACGAAAGUAAUUUCUUUGUGGACAAAAAAUAUAAUAUCACAGGUAUUGUGGACAUUGAGUGGAGCUGUGUUUUGCCUAGGGAAAUGCAACAUCCGCCCUUCUGGCUUUCUGGACACGAGCUCGAUGAUCUUGAUGGAGAAGAGACAAGAGAGAACGAACAGGAGUUCGAGAGGGCUUGUGAAGAAUUCCUUCAGAUCCUCGAAGAAGACAAUAAGGGGGAGAUAUUCCCAACUCGCCCUCGUGACUAUGCUCAAGCAAUGAGAGACUCUCUUCAGAGAAACCAGCACUGGUACUUGACCGCAGUGAGAAUCCCGCGGAUCGCGUACAAUUUAUUCAUCAACAAAAUACAACCCCUUUUUGCGCUUGCUCACUCUGAAGAGGACGCCGGCAUAUUCCAGGAUGUUGUGGCCAGAUACUGGAGAGUUGACACUAUGGAAUUUGUCGAGCAAAAACGCCGUGACUGGAGCGACUAUCUCAGUCAGUUACGAUCCAUGAAAGGCCCAUCAAUGAGCAUGCCAGUCUGA